UCGAGGGAGGUGCGUCCCGGAGUUUGGGAGGCGGGUGUGGGUCUGGAAUGGUUUCUUGUUUAAAACUACUUUUUCUGAAGCCUUUCAGUGCUGCCAGUUUACCCUCCAGGCGCUGAGGGUCAUGUAGUAUUAAAUACUUGUCUGGAGUUUCCUACGCAGUAAACGGUGGGUCCUAGGGGCCGGGAGGUGUUCGGACCAAGUGUUGUCGUCCACUGCGUAUUGUGUAAAAACUGCAAUUCAUUCCUGUACUCGUUACUGAUAUGUAAACCAGUUUCUGAAGCGGGGGUGAGGGUGGCGGCAGUUGAAGUGGAGAGAAAUUUUAAAAACAGAGACAACUUUUCUCUCGUUCUGAGUUACGAGCAACGAGGAUUCUGCGAAACUUGGCUGGGAAGAAGAGUAUGCCAAAGAUAGAGUACUGGAAGGAGCAGGAAUUUAAAAAACACAGUACCAUAUAAACAAUGGAAUAUUACCCAGCCAUAAAAAGAAACGAAAUUGGGUCAUUUGUUGAGACGUGGAUCGAUCUAGAGACUGUCAUACAGAGUGAAGAACAAAAAGCAGAAAGUAUAUAUAACUGUGCUGAUAUAGAAAUAUCUCCAAAAUGUAUUUGAAAAUGCAAUAGAUCCUGGAGCUGUAGCAGACAUUUUAGAAACGUGGGAAGAGUUGGCCUAUUAUGAAGAAAACACGAGGGACUUUCUCUUCCCUGUACCCAGGCUGACACCUUCGUACCCUGGGCUGUGUAGGGAGGUGCUCAUGAAGACAGUUGAAGGUUUUCCGGGCAUUGCUCCCAAAAUAGAGUUUUCUACGAGGACAGCCAUCAGAGAACGUGUGUUUCUGCAUAGACACAGAUUUCUUGAAGAAAGAUGUGAGUCACGAAGGCCUUUAUCCACAUCAAAUGGACCAAAAUCCCCCUUAAGUAGUAUAAAGAUGAAACCAAGGGAGAGUAAUCUCGACAGACUGCCCCAAGGCAUGCAGUCCCGGCCGCCCUCUCCAUAUUUCACCAGGCGUUUCUUUCAGGACCAGCCAGCUCAACUGAAUCUUGGAGAUAGUUUCAAAAUACCUGGAGAAAGCAAACCUCCAUUUGUAGUAAGACAUGUGGACAGUGCAAAGCCCUUUGGUGAGAACAGUUCAGAGCAUCAUUCCCAGAAGUCUAGAAGAAAAUCUGACUUUUCAAACUUUCCAUUUCCAGUGAGAAGAGCUUCUUCUCUUGACAGCCUUGCAGCUAACGUAAAGGUUAUCAAAGAGCCAGAUGAACGGAUUGUUUUAAGGAAUGAAUCACCAUUAUCGUUAGAUUCAAGUAAGUUUGGAAAGCCCUCGGCCAGUUACAGUCAUCAAGGGGAUGCCGAUUUCCGCUGGGAAACUUCAUUUGCCACCUCCCAACACUCCAGAACUCCCAGCCCUCUUCUGGAUCAGCCCCUUCUCCGAGAAAGGUUCCACCCUGGGUCCCAGUCCAUGUGGAAGAAGAUCCAUGAAAGGGUCUGCAGUCGUCUGACGUCCCACAGAUCUCAGCAACACCUAAACAAGGAAGACUCCAUCUCUGAAGUAAAGAAUAUCCUUGAAAGACCAAACUACCCUCUGAAGAAAUAUCCGGUGCAUAAACAGAGAUAUUUUUAAACUGCUGUCCUGUAGCUACAUGCCAAGAUUUGGAUAGAGGGAAACCAUCUUCUUCUCCUUGGUUGUGUUUAUUGAUGGCCUUUUUCUCGGUACCACAUGUAGUGUAUGAAGUGUCUUCACAUUUCACAGGGGAGACUGAAUGAAAGCUGGAGGAGCAUCAUGAAGAGCUCACUCAUCAAGCCAACUGAACAACAAUUUUUGUCCCGUGUAUCAAAGCACCAGUGUCUAACCCCCGUUAACUCAAACCUGUACCCACCCAGUCUUUUGUACCCAGGUAAGAGCCAUUGAUUAAAGUGUCUGCUCUUUGGGGCUCAAGUUUUCUUGUCAAGCUGGAAAAUUUGUGUUUUAGUUUGUUUGUAUGCUUGUUUUGAGCUUGAAAACGAAAAUAAUAGUUGGGUGGCAGGUGCUUUUUCAUUUGGAAAGCGCUUCUUAAAAUUCUGAUGAAGAUGUCAAGAUGCCUUUUCAGGUGUUCCUCAUUUUGGGCAGUGGAUGUGUUCUUGAAAAGUUCUUUUCUUUCCCUCCUUCCUCAUUUUUUCCUCCUUCCCGCUUGUCCUCACCCCUCCCCCACCUCUACCUAUUUCCCUUCCCUUCCCUUCCUUUUCCUUCCUGUUCCUUCCUGUCCCUUCCUGUUCCUUCCCUUUCCUCUUACAUUUUCCAUAAGCUCGAGGAAGCUGCUAUCUAGAGGAAUAAACUGAUAUAUCCUCUAGAAAAAGACUGUCACCUGAUUUUCCAUUUUUGGUAAAUCUGUUUUUUUGUGGUUGUUUGCUUUUUAGUGUUAGGCUUGAUUUACAUGAUAUCAACUGAAAACCUAGGAAGAGGGAGCAUUACUUCUGGAGAAUUCAGGUCUUGCUUUAAGGGUUUAAUUUCCAUGCUACAUUUGUAAGAGGAGGCUAAUUUCUUUUGUUUGUUGUUUAAACCACUCCUUCUGUCACCUACCCCUCCUUUUUUCCAACAAUUCUUAAAUAAAUUUAUAUGAGGAACAAAACCUUCAAAUAUUUUUCUGAAAUAACUACACUAAGUUUGGCAGAAAUGACUGUCAAAACCAGAUUUAAAAUUAGUAGAAGGGUGCCUUUAUGAAAUGGUUACCCAGUUUGAGGAUCAAGAAGAGGAUGGGGGUGGAUUGAAGUGGACAUUUGUCUUCAUGGGUCUACAGACCCAGAGAAGAGAGGGCUUGAAAAUGGAAACCUUUGUCUUUCCUUCAUGCUAUAUCCUGAGCAUUUUCCUCUACCAUGCCCUAAAACCCUUUCAGUUUUUACAAGAUUCAGUGAGAAUCAAGUUUCCUUUUCUCAUUAUUACCACAGGAAUUGGUUCAUUAGGUAAAUUAAGAAAACGAAAUUUAAAAUUAAAGGAGAAAAAAAGUCCAAAAGCCAAAAUAAAACAAAAUUCAUUUAUCCCUUCUCAGAAUUUCAGCCUAAUAAAGGUAUAUAUCACAACAAGUAUUCCACCUUUGAAAGACAGACAAUAUGCUUAAAUUACACCUGCUUGUAUGUUCUCAGUGUGUCUGAAACUAUAGUUGUCAGUUUGUUAUUUUGAGGUCUAAGUAGUCAUCAAUAAUAAAAAAUACUGUAUUACAUUAAGACUAUGGUAGAGUUCUCAGAAAAGGGCCACUUAGGAAGGAUAUAAGCAGCUGAAGGAAAUCAGUUCUAAUGAAUUGGUAUCCGGUGGCAGUUAUUGUUCAGAUACCCACUGUGACACUCAUUGUCCUUUUUUUCUUUUUUUAUGGUUUGAGCAUAACUCCUUAAUUCAACUUAGGGAUAAGAUCUUAAAUGCCCAUUCUUAUUUAAAGUCUUUUUUUUUUCUUUCGCAAAUCAAUCUGCCUUUUGCUCACUUUCUGAUCUGCUAACUCUAUUGUUUAAGUUAUUCCUAUUUUAUCUUUUUAUUUCUCAAGGAGUUAUUUCAGUUUUGAGGACUUACAUUGGGGCCAGGAUUGCAGCAGGAUUUUGCUUUUGGAAUAUAUAAAAAUGUGAAUAAUUUUGUGACUUAUUGGGGAUUACUUUGGGAAGAUC